GGCUCCUCAUAAAGGCGGCUUAGAAUAAACUAAACGGAAGGACCGUUUGUUUGAAAUUGGAAAAUCGCGUACGUAAUAAGUUUAAGCUUAAGCCUAUUGGGAAUUCAAGAUACCUACACGUACAAAAUUUGCUUAUUUUUCAAACUCGUUAGCUGUCAAUCCGAACGGGAGAAAGAAAAAAGUGCCGACUGCCAAAAAUAAAAUUGAACUUUAAAGAAAUUUUAAUUGCUGAUAAAAAUGGAAUUGAUUGGCGACGUACACAAAGACCUAUGGGGAAAGAAGGGCAGCAAUUCGUUGGUGGCUCAAAUUGCCAAACUCAAUGAUGAGACUUUCAAAAUUGAUGAGAAUAUGCACUACUCGGAACUAUGGAUCGGGUCAUAUGCUAGCGGCGCAGGCAGGAUUAAAACUAGUGGGACUGCGCUCCCGAAGGAAUUGCCAUUCGUAAUGAAAGUGGUGAGCAUAAAUAAGGCUUUGAAUAUUGAAAUGCAUCCCACUAAAGCGGACGCUGAAGUAUUGCACGUGAAAGAACCCAAACUGUACAAGGAUCCCAAUCAUAGACCCGAAAUGAUAAUUGCACUCACACCAUUCGUGGGAUUGUGUGGCUUUCGGCCACUUGCGCAAAUCAAAGCUAUCUUAACGGAUAUUUAUCCACUUAAAGCGGUGGCAGUAGAAAACUCCGAUGACUUUGAUCGGUUGGCUGCGGACGAUGCACUGGGUUUGCGUAAUUGCUAUACGAAAUUGAUUGCCACCGAUGGUGAGGAGAUAAGCAAAUGCAUCAAUAUCAUUUCCAGUGAUUUUGGCAAAGAGCUGUGCAAUUUUGAUGUACUCGAAAUUUUUAACAAAUUGAAAAAUGAUUUCCCCAAUGACAUUGGCGUACUUUCGAUAUUCUUUCUGAACAUUGUGCGGCUGGAGCCUGGUGAGGCGUUGUUUAUCGGCGCUAAUGAACUGCACGCAUACCUCUCGGGCGAUUGUGUGGAAUGUGUGGCCUGUUCGGAUAAUGUACUACGUGCGGGUUUGACAAACAAAUAUCGGGAUAUAAAGAAUCUAGUCAACUUGGUGGAUUGCAAAAGCGUUGCGGCUGAAGACAAAGUACUCAAACCUCUACCUAUUGACGAGCAUUGUUUGUUAUUCAAGGCUCCGGUUGAGGAUUUUUUGGUCAUAAAAUUAACUUUGGCCCAUUCAGAUCCGGAGUAUAUUUGGAAAAUCCAGCAAACGCCGGCAAUAUUACUUGUCUUAAGCGGUCAGCGUUUACUGAGUGGUAAAGCCUUCAAUCAAUUGCUACUAAAACGGGGUUCAAUUCUGUAUUUGCCUUUUGAGGUGGGCACCGAACUGCAUUUCUCAGUCAGUGGGGAGAUUGAAGAGGAAUUUUUGGCUUACAUGAGCACACCAAAUAUGACGCCGCCUGAAACGGAGGACUCUUUAAACCAGACUGCAGAUGAUUUUGAGGUGAACUAAAAUUUUAUGCAACAAAAAAAAACCACAAAAAUAAUAAUAAAAAUGAGAAACUCAAUUCGCGGGCUUCAGCUUAAGGGUUAUGAAA